CUUCUGGACUGGGGAGUAGCGAGGUCUCCGGGACUAAGGUACAAAUAAGCAUAAGAUGGCUACGAAUGUAAGUCUGGACCCCAAUAACCCUGAUGACAAGUGCAGUCGCUAUGAAGUUUUGUCCUGGAUCAACGAAACAUUAAAGACUAAUUUUACUCAAGUGGAGCAAUGUCGUUCAGGUGCGUGUUUUUGCCAGCUUAUGGACUUGCUCUUCCCAGGAUCCAUCGACAUGAGCAAAGUAAAGUUUGAGUCCCAAAAGAGGUCUGAUUUUAUACAGAACUACAGUCUUCUGCAGACAGCUUUCCGAAAAUCAGGUGUAAAAGAGCCAGUCCCUGUGAAGCAGCUUCUCACAGGAAAGUUUAGAGCCAAUUUCACCUUUCUGAAAUGGUUCAAGAAAUUUUUCUUUGCCAAUGAGAGGCGAGGGAAAGAGUACAACCCAGUUGAAGCUCGUAAUGGUCAGGAUAUUGUACAAGUAGAUGACCCUGUUAAGUCUCCAAAAUCCUGGAAAAUUCCACGUGAAUCUGGCAGAGUAAGAGACGAGUCUGACAAAGACAUGGAAUUGAAUGGAAGGAGGCGACCUGUGACCUAUGAUCCUAAAUGGCAAAGAACCUUCAAAUGGAUCAGAGCCAGCCAUAUGGGAAACAACUGUGCUUACUGCACAUUGUGUGACAUCAAUAUUGUUCUACACGCAGGUUUUUUCGAUCUUAAGCGACACCAGCAGGCUGAGAAGCAUAUGACGCAUGAGAUGGGAGGAUUAAAUUCAUCUGGUAGAAAGCUGAUAGAAAACUCUAUUUCCUAUAGUGAAACCAUGCUGCUUUUCAUUCAAAACCAUUGCCUUUCCAGUUUACCCUCAAGGAUAAACAAGGUCUCCCAGCGUACUGCAAGCUACAUCCUCGGCCUAAAUUAUCCAAAUGAUAUUGUUUCUGCUUGUAAGAUCAAUCCGUACUGUAUCUACAUAUACGGGCAGGUGCCACUUGAUGCAGAGAACAUAAAAAGGAGCUCCUGCCAUGCAGUACUAGUCGGCUUUUUUGAGGAAAAGCGAUCAAGAUAUUGUAUCCGUCUCCUUGAUGUCUUUCAGGCUGAAGAUGGUAGCUCUGUAUCUGGAUGUUUACUCAAUGUCCUCCAAAAGUUUGAGCUUCCUGCUGGCAACAUGGUAGCUCUUUAUGUUAAUGACCAGGAACAGACCUCAGGAAGUGUUGUGUCGCAGAUUCAGGAGCUCAACCCACAGGUGAUUGAUCUUGGUGGACUUUACAGCGUACCUGACUCUGCCUGCAGUGCUGGCCUACAGGCUCACUCCAGUCAGGUUCAGGAGCUUAUUGCCAACAUCUAUGAACACUUCUCAACUUGUUCCACCAGCAACGACAACCUCAAGAUGCUGUUUGCGGGCAUUGAUGAACUAAAAGACCCCAGCACUCCCCUCUCACACAGUUGUGAGGAGUUUUGUGUGCUUGUUCAAAGGAUGCUUGGAAUGUGGAGUGAUUUGGUAUCAUACUUCACUUCCUGCGAUGAAAAUAAUGAUAAAGCUAAGCAAAUUUGUUCGCAGCUGGAGAAUCCUAAAAUUAGAAUCACCUUGAUGUUUCUGGAUCAUGCUCUUGGACCACUCCGUGCCUUCGAGCAGCACCUGCAACAAAGCAAAGGCUCUGCUCGUGCUGAUCUUGUCCAGGUCCUUCGAGAAGCAAGUGGGCUCCUACGUUCGUAUGCCUCCAGCUUUCUUCGCCCUCAAGCGGUUAUACGCUACCUGAAGGAACGAGACCCAGCCAUCCUGGAGAACUCAACAUUCUGCCUUCCUGCUACUGAGCUCAGUCUAGGUGGUGUGAUAGAAGACUUCAUCUCCGCCAGAGAAGAAGAACUAGCAGAUUACCUGAACGUGUUUCAUGAUGAGUGUUUAGCUUUCUACAAAACUCUUACGACCUCCAUUGCUGACAGUCUACCUCUGAGCGAUAGUGUCCUGAGGGGCAUUUCACAACUCCUCAGCCCGGCAGGAAGAUUAAAGGUCACAGGAAAGAGUAUAGUUGACCUUGCAGUACAAUUUGGCAUCUGCUCCAAACCUGAGGAUUCUGCUAAGCUCACAGAUGAGUUCUUGGAGUACCAGCUUGUAGAGGAUGAAGAAGACACAUCUUCAACCCUUACUCUGGAACAAUACUGGUGUAAUGUGCUCAAGUCUUUUCCACCAGAAUCUAUCUUCAAGAGACUUGUCCUCUGUUUUUUGGUUUUGCCCUGUCCGUCUCUUGUAGCAGAAAAGAUCUUUGCACAGGCUGUUGAAAAUGGGGAUGCUGCUCAUUGGGAUGAUAGUUUAGGUGAAAGUGACACAGAUUUGGCGAAAGAUCUGGAUUCCAAUGAUGACUCUUCUUUAGAGCACACUGAAGGCAAGAUUUCACCUACCAGAAAUGGGAGAAUUAAAAAAAACAGAAGCAGCACAUCAGAAAUGGACUUAAGGAAAGAUGGAGCUGAUGAUGAUCUCUGGACAAGUAGCACGUUACAUGAGGGCUCCAUUAGGGGAAUAUACGGUUGGGAGAGCAGCUUACGGCAGAAACCACAGGAACGUACAGUCUUUCAGGCUGGUACAGGCACCUGGAGCAAACCGGUGAACCCAGACAAGAACAGCAAACCAGAGGCGGUUAAGAACAAUGCUUGUUCAUCUGCAUCAAGUUCGACCCUGAGCCCCAGACCUGGAAAGAGAGAACAACCGUACCAUGAUGGAAAAGGUUAUGCCAUUGGAGAGCUUGUGUGGGGAAAAGUAAAGGGCUUCUCUUGGUGGCCUGGACUGGUGGUGGCAUGGAAGGGCAGGAUGCUUCCUGUCUCUAUGAGGCGCGUGGAGUGGUUUGGAGAUGGCAUGUUUUCAGAGAUUCAUACAGAGGGACUGCUGCCCUUCGCUGCAUUUGCAAAGUGCUUUUUUAGUAAAUCCUAUGAAGGUCUGCCUACCUACAAGAAUGCCAUCUACCAAAUCCUAGAGUUGGCAGCGGAGCGUUGUGGGAAGACUUUCCCCCCCUCUGAGAAGAAAGGGGAAGAGGUGAAGGCUAUGCUGGAUUGGGCAUUUGGAGGCUUCCAGCCCAUGGGUCCUGAUGGCUUUUUGCCUCUUGUGGACAGCUCUACCAGUAAUAAAACUGAGUCUGAUUCCUCUGUGUCUGAUUAUCAGCCUCCAGCCAAGAGGAAGUACGUCAACAAGAACAGACAGUCAACUCAGGAUUACACCAGAGAUCAAAUGGUCAAUGAAGUAACCGUUAAAGGCAGAAACAUUGAAGAUUUCUGCCUGUCCUGUGGAACUGGCAACAUUGAAAUGUUCCAUCCUCUUUUUAAGGGAAGCCUUUGUUUGAAGUGCAAGGAGAACUUUACAGAGACGCUGUACAGGUAUGAUGAUGAUGGCUAUCAGUCAUACUGCACCAUCUGCUGUGCUGGACAAGAGGUCAUUCUUUGUGGAAACGCCAGCUGCUGCAGGUGUUUCUGUAAAGACUGUUUGAAUGUGUUGGUGGGACCAGGGACGUUCGAUAAGCUGAAGGAUGUUGACCCAUGGAGCUGUUAUAUUUGCCUGCCCUCUAAGUGCUACGGCGUGCUCAAGCUCAGGUCUGACUGGAGAGUUCGUGUCCAGGAGUAUUUCGCCAAUAACAGUGCCUUUGAAUUUGAGCCACACAGAGUGUAUCCUUCAAUUCCAGCUCAUCAGCGUCGUCCAAUCAGAGUCCUCUCCCUGUUUGAUGGGAUUGCAACAGGCUAUCUGGUUUUAAAAGACCUGGGUUUUAAGGUGGAGCGCUACAUUGCCUCUGAGAUCUGUGAAGACUCCAUUGCUGUUGGAAUGAUUAAACAUGAGGGCCUGAUUGAAUAUGUAAAAGAUGUGCGCACCAUCACAAGGAAACAUCUGGCCGAGUGGGGGCCCUUUGACCUCCUGAUUGGUGGAAGUCCCUGUAAUGACCUGUCCAUGGUGAAUCCAGCCAGAAAAGGUCUUUUUGAAGGCACAGGUCGACUGUUCUUUGAAUAUUACCGCAUGUUAACCAUGAUGAGGCCAAAAGAGGAUGAUGAUCGCCCCUUUUUCUGGCUCUUUGAGAAUGUAGUAGCCAUGAGUGCCCACGACAAGGCUGAUAUCUGUCGUUUCCUGGAGUGUAAUCCUGUGAUGAUUGAUGCUGUGAAAGUAAGCCCAGCCCACAGGGCCCGUUACUUCUGGGGAAAUUUACCUGGAAUGAACCGACCACUUGCUACUUCACUCGCUGAUAAAGCAGAUCUGCAGGACUGCCUGGAGGUCGGACGAACUGCAAUGUUCAACAAAGUUCGCACGAUCACCACCAAGUCCAAUUCCAUCAAACAAGGGAAGAUGGGACCUCUGCCAGUCACCAUGAAUGGAAAAGAGGACUAUCUUUGGUGCACUGAAAUGGAGAGAAUAUUUGGGUUCCCAAAGCAUUACACAGAUGUGAAUAAUAUGGGGCGGGGACAGAGGCAGAAGUUGCUUGGGCGGUCCUGGAGCGUUCCCGUGAUCCGACACCUCUUUGCCCCGCUAAAGGAUUACUUUGCUUGCGAGUAAAACCACCGUCUGGUCCAGGCAGCACUGGCACUGGAGGUCCAAAUCGAGUCUCUCAGAUAUAUGAAAUUGAUGAUUUUUUUCCCCCUGCAGAUUCUGACUUCACAGAAUAUUUUCCAAUUUGAAUAUUGCAUUUGUUCUAAACGUUCAGAAAGCAUUUUAACUUGUAUACUUUUAAAGUCAUUUUAAUGCUGGAGAGAGCCACACGAUACUCCAUCCACUACCUCGGUGCCAUUCUAUGAUUGGUUCAUUGUCUGGAGGAAUGCUGCUUUAACUUAUUCAUUAAAUUAUAAAUAGGCAUAAUGUUAAUUUGGUUUAGUUUAUCAGUUUUAACCUUUUGUCAGCUUUUUAUAUCACAUUUUUACAUUAAAUAUUUUCCUUGUUUAGGAAUAAAUAUGUCCUGUUGAUAAAUAUUGCAUAGUUUCAUAAUUUUUAAAAUGAUGAUGAAAGAUGAAUGUUGGUAAUGUUGUCAUUCCAUGGUGCUGUUUUGUAAUACAGAAUGUCUGGUCAUCAUAAUAACUGUACUAAGUCAACACUUAAAUGUUUUCCUAUUUAGCAGCAUCUAUUUAAUGGAAAAGAGUGUUAAUAUACAGUACACCGGAGAUGACUUGGGUUUCAAUUAAACAGCGUUUUGUUUGUAGGAAUACAUGCAAUCUUGUAGUGCUCCAUGUAUUUAGAAGCACAAAUGUUGUCUGUGCCAUUAUAUGUUAAUAAUUGAUAGAUGUGAGUUGACAGUAGCCUUCUUAAGCUUUUCCUUU